CUUCCAACUCACAUCCCAUGCGUCCAUCCCCGACAACCAUGGAGCCCAUCAUGACACCUCACGGAUAAUACAACUACGAAUCCUCCUUCACAUCCCACCUCAGCCAUGCGUCUCGCCUACUACGCCGGCGCCUCCACGGCCGCCGCCGCAUGCUGCCUAUUCAAGGCCUUCCACGAACGGCCCAACUUCUACAGCGCAACGGUCUACCUGUCCGAAUCGAACGCCUGCCUCCUCAUCCUCACCAACCUCCUCCUUGUGCUAGUAUGCUCCAUCGUGUAUGGGCUACAGCGUCUCCUCUACGGCCCCCUACGACCCAUCGAGGUGGAACAGCUCAGCGACAAGGCAUGGUACGCUGUAUUGGAUACGCUACUGGCGAUGCCCAGCUUCCGCGAAGAUGUGGGAGGAUGGUUGUUGGCCAUGUUCACCAUGCUAUUGGCGGGCAAAGUGUGGGUCUGGAUAGGAGAAGGCAAGGUGGACGUGCUGGAACAACAACAGGUCUUCACCGGCCGCUACACCUUUCUACGCCUGGGCACCAGCUUGCUUGUCAGCAUUGCUUUCGACAUCGCCAUGCUGGACUACUGUCUUGGGACCAUCCUUGCCAAACCUAAGCCGGGCAUGAUGGUCAUCUUCACCUUUGAGUUUGCCGUGUUAUUGGUCCAGUCCACGUUCACAUUCACGAGGUUCAUCUUGACCGUUGCGCAGAUGCAGAUUGAGGCCUUGCAGAUGACGAGGGCAAUCGAGGAGCGGAAAGACGAGAUCCGAGCCGAAAGGGCUGCCGCACGACAAAACGUAACCGCAGACGGCACUCAACCAACCCCAGCCUCACCCGCGAACGAGGAGCCGAUUGAGGUCGAUGAGAACGAGGUCGACGUGCCUGGGUGGGAGGAGAAGAGGAGGUGGCUUUUCGGCCUGGAGCUUCUGACCGACUUGAUCAAGCUCAUCAUCUAUUGCGCCUUCUUCACCGUCAGCAUCACCUUUAACGGCCUGCCGAUGCACAUCUUCCGCGAUGUGUGGUUGACCUUUGCUUCGUUUAGCAAACGAAUCGCCGGUUACUACGCGUACAGGAAGGCAACAAGCGAUAUGAACACUCGAUAUCCGGAUGCGACGACUGCCGAAAUCAGAGACGAUGCCUGCAUAGUGUGCAGAGAGAGCAUGGUCGCUUGGGAGCACACUCCUGCUGCAGCUGGUGUGCCCGGACAAAACGGAGCAGCGGCCCAGCCUGUACCGGAACAACCGCCGCAAGCUGCACAGGCGGUGGCGCCUUCCCGAAGGAGAGAUGAAGGCCUUCGAGCGAAAAAACUACCUUGCGGACACAUCCUACAUCUGAGAUGUCUAAAGGCUUGGUUGGAGCGGCAGCAAGUCUGUCCGACGUGCAGAAAGCCGGUCAUUGCCGCUCCGGAGGGUGCGACUGGAACCCAGGGGCAACAGGCUGGUGCAGCGGGUGGAGCCAACGCUGCUGGACAGGCUGGUGCACAGGGCGAACAGCCUGCACAACCCAGACAAGGCCGGCCGCGGAUUUUCAAUUUCGGGCCGGUACGGAUUGGAUUCUUGAAUGGUCCGGGGGAUCCGCUGGCCAAUCUGGUACGACAGAUGCAAAACCAGCCAGCAGCUGCGCCGGGACAGGCUCCGGUCCAAGAUGGCAAUCAGCAAGGACCCAAUCAUCUCGGAUUGGAAGUUCCAUAUCUCCCCGAGGGACAGCGAUCGUCCACCAGCGCUGAGCCAUCCAUUCAGAACCAGAUCAUUCAGAUUGAGCAGCGGCUGAUGCAGGAGGCUCAAAGAUUGGGUAUCGAGCAACAGCAGCUGUACCGGCUGAGGGCGAUGCAGCAGGACCUUGCACAGUUGCGCGUCCAGCAUCAGAAUGUUGGCGCAGCUGCCGGGCAGCCUUUAUCAUACCCGCCAUUCCAACAGAACCACAUGCCACCAGCCGUCACCGGUGUACUGCAUGGCCAACCGGGCCAACAAUUGCCCAGCGGGCAUGCAGACCUACCGCCCGGCAUGACACUACCCGAGGGAUGGACGGUGAUCCCAUUGCACCGAGCUGGCGCACCAGGCGUACCACCAGCCCAAGCUCAGCCAGCCGACUCGCAAUCAGGACAGCCUGUUGAGUCCUCCCAACCACGACCCGCCAGCCAAGCGCAAGGCCCGACGGACGAGAGUGGCUCUCCGUUGUUCGUGCCGACUGUGCCAGGUGGAACCACUACAGCCGCUGCGCCCACACAACAGGAACCACCUGCUCCAGUCGCGCCUGCGCCACUGGCCGAAUCGAACCAGGAAACGCACUCGUCUGGCGAGAGCAAGACGCCGUGGCAGUCAGAAGGGUGGAGUUUCGUUGAUCCCCCGAAUGGCGAUACGCCUAAUGGCGCGGCGGGUGAAGGCUCUAGCCAGACUGCCCAGCAACCAGCUAACGGGCAGCCGCCGGAAGCAGAAGCCGAGCAAGGAAAGGGAAAAGGCAAGGCGGUCGCGGUUGAAGAAGUUCCGGACCCGGAUGCUUGAGCUCACGUCGUCUAUUGGCAUCGCUGCGUUGUUGCGUAGGGCGGUCCGUUUUGGCGAAUCAGGAGUAUAGGCGUGGGAGAUACCAAUGCAUGUUCGAGGGCUCUAGAGCAGCAUCGACACCUGCUUUCGUCAGGUGAGACAAAGGCACUUCGAAUGACACUGUAUCAGUAUCCACCG